ACAUUCGAACCGAAUGGACGUGGAAAAAAGCAAGUGAGAGAAAAAAGUGGAAUAUUCAAAUACUAAAGAGCUGAAUCAGAUAAGAGUUGAAGUGGGAUAUUAGCUUUGUGACUUGGUGAUAAUUAGCCAGCGUUCGGAGUCUGGUCCGAUUCGCUAAGCGGCGAUCAAAAGAUGGGUCGCUGUAAUGUAUCCACAUUUACGAUCGCAUUGCUGUUAUCCAUGACGAUAGCAACAGUUCGGUCGGAACUGACGCCGCCAUAUUUCAAUCUUGCCGAAGGACGUAAAAUUACCGCAUCGGCCACUUGCGGAGUAGACACCGAUGGUGCUGAGUUAUAUUGCAAGCUGGUUGGAGCAAACACUGAAAAUGAUCAUCUCAAUCAAUACUCGGUUAUUCAAGGACAGGUCUGUGAUGUAUGUGAUCCGAGUCUUCCAGAUAAGAGUCAUCCGGCUGAGUAUGCCAUUGAUGGAACAGAAAAUUGGUGGCAAAGUCCCCCGCUCUCCAGAGGCAUGAAAUAUAAUGAGGUCAAUUUGACCAUCGACUUCGGGCAGGAAUUUCAUGUGGCGUAUCUGUUCAUUCGAAUGGGUAACUCGCCUCGACCCGGCUUGUGGACACUGGAAAAAUCGAUAGAUUAUGGUAAAACAUGGCUGCCAUGGCAACAUUUUUCUGAUUCUCCGGCGGAUUGCGAGACCUAUUUCGGUGCCGAAAGUCUGCGUCCUAUAAUCAGCGAUGACGACGUUAUCUGCACCACUGAGUACUCGAAAAUUGUACCUCUUGAAAACGGCGAGAUUCCCGUUAUGCUAUUGAACAAUCGUCCAUCAGCCAAUAAUUAUUUCAAUUCGACGACAUUACAAGAAUGGACACGCGCAACUAAUGUUAGAAUUCGGUUGCUUCGUACAAAAAACUUGUUAGGACAUUUGAUGUCUGUUGCUCGACAAGAUCCAACUGUGACCAGACGAUAUUUCUACUCAAUUAAAGAUAUUUCGAUCGGAGGUCGUUGCAUGUGUAAUGGUCACGCUAAUACUUGCAAUGUCCUAGACCCGCGAUCCCCAACAAGAAUUUUGGCAUGUCAGUGUCAGCACAAUACCUGUGGUAUUCAAUGUAAUGAGUGUUGUCCAGGUUUCGAGCAAAAAAAAUGGCGCCAGAAUACCAACGCCAGACCAUUCCAGUGCGAACCUUGUAACUGCCAUGGACAUUCAAAUGAAUGUACCUACUCGGAAGACAUUGAUGACAAGCGACUUUCUCUGGAUAUACAUGGAUUUUACGAAGGUGGUGGUAAAUGUCAGAACUGUCAAGAUAAUACCGAGGGUAUUAACUGUAAUAAGUGUAAGAAUACGUUUUAUCGACCUUACGGCAAGCACUGGAAUGAAACUGAUGUUUGUCAACCCUGUAACUGUAAUCACUUUUAUUCAACUGGAAAUUGUGAAGAGGAGACGGGACAUUGUGAAUGUCGACGUGAGUUCAAUCCUCCAAAUUGUGAUUCCUGUUCAUAUGGUCAUUUCGGAUAUCCAAACUGUCGCCCGUGCGAGUGCAACCUUAAUGGUACAAUCGGAUAUCAUUGUGAGGCUGUAAAUGGAGAAUGUCCAUGUAAGCCCAACUUUGGUGGUGCACACUGCAGACAAUGUGCCGAAGGCUACUACGACUUUCCUGAUUGCGAGCCAUGUGGAUGCAAUGAGAUCGGGUCAGUGAGUCAAGUUUGUAGCUAUGAGUCUGGUCAAUGUCAAUGUAAGCCGAAUUUCGCUGGUCAACGCUGCGAAAAGUGUAAGGAUGGGUUCUUCAACCAUCCAACAUGCGCAUACUGUAAUUGCGAUGUUCGAGGUACGCAAGAAGAAGUUUGUGACAAGGGAAAUGGGAAAUGUUUGUGUCGUGAGGGUUAUGGAGGUGCACGAUGUGACCAGUGUAUUGCCGGAUAUUACAACUAUCCAGAUUGUGUACCGUGUAACUGUUCAGGCGCUGGAAGUGUGUCCACAGUUUGUGAUAUAACCGGAAAAUGUGCCUGUUUACCAAAUUUUUCUGGGCGGCAGUGUACAAUGUGCCAACCUGGAUAUUAUCAAUAUCCUGAAUGCUUAUCCUGUAAUUGCAAUGCUCACGGAUCGAUUGGGUUGUCUUGCAACCUUGAGGGUCAAUGCCAGUGUGCUGAUAACUUUGAUGGUAAAACUUGCAAUCAGUGCAAAGAAGGAUUUUACAAUUUCCCUGCAUGUGAAGAGUGCAACUGUGAUCCGGCAGGAGUGAUUGCAAAGUUCGCUGGGUGUGGAUCCGUGCCUGCUGGGGAAUUAUGUCAGUGUAAAGAACGUGUUCAAGGGAGAAUUUGUGACAAGUGCAGACCGUUAUACUGGAAUUUAAAUGCCAGCAAUCCCCAUGGAUGUGAAGAUUGUGAGUGCUUUAUCGAUGGAACGAUUGGAGCUUUAGACACAUGCGAUACUAAAACAGGUCAGUGCGCUUGUAAGCCAUCUGUAACAGGCCGUCAGUGCUCUGAGUGCAAAGACGGUACCUUUGACUUAUUCGGAGCAAGCUUAUUUGGUUGCAAGGACUGCGGAUGCGAUAUAGGAGGUGCAGCUGAUGACGUUUGUAACAAGGAAACGGGUCAGUGCAAGUGCCAUCCUCGGAUUUCUGGGCGAACUUGCACGUAUCCCUUAACAACUCAUUAUUAUCCUACUUUAUAUCAGUUCCAAUUCGAAUACGAAGAUGGAUAUACACCUUCCGGUACCCAAGUACGUUAUCAAUUUCAUGAGGACGUGUUCCCUGAUUUUAGUAAACGUGGGUAUGCAGUUUUCUCAGGCCUUCAGAACGAAGUUAUUAACGAGGUUAGCGUAAUGAAAUCUUCAGUAUAUCGUCUCGUAAUUCGUUAUAAGAACCCAACUCAAGACAAUGUAAUUGCUCAGAUUUUGAUUACCCCAGACAAUCCGACGGAGUUAGAACAAAAGGCGAAGGUUCUUCUAAAACCCAACGAUCAGCCAGAGUUUGUAACCGUAUCUGGAGCAAAGGGUGAAAUUCCUUCUCCCGUUGUUUUGGAUCCUGGUCGUUACACCAUUAGCAUCAAAACCGAAAAAAGUGUUUUCUUGGAUUACUUUGUCUUGCUGCCUGCUGCUUACUACGAAGCUCCACUUUUAACUAAGAAAAUCGAAACUCCCUGUGAAAUAAAUGAAAGCGGUCUCUGUCGGCAUUUCAAAUAUCCAAACAUUAUUGAAUUCAAGCCGCAAGUCGAAGCCUAUGUAGCUGAAGGUGAUGAAUCAUUCAAACCAGGAGAAUACUUUAAGGACUAUCAGCAUCUUGAUGUGAUAAAAGAAGAAAAUCUUCCAUUGCUUACUGUUGAUCAAAAUGAACUGAACUACAUAUUGGAUGUACCACGACCUGGCCGGUAUGUUCUAGUGGUAGAUUAUAUAACCAGUCGGAACUAUCCGGACAUUUCUGUUCUACAAAUCAAUCAAAUUGGAAAUAUUGAACAGGACGGCACCGUGACUGCUUAUCCAUGUACUUACACUACUGUUUGUCGUCAGCCGGUUAUCGAUAAAGAAUCUCGUGAAAAAGUAUUCUAUAUUGAUCCGAAUAACAGAAAACCUAUUACGGUCUCAAGUCAAGAACCGAAUGGCGCAGUUGCAAUCAAAUCAAUCACUGCAAUCCCUUAUGAGGAAUGGUCUAUUGACUACAUCAGCCCAAGCCCUGUUUGUGUGAUGGAGAAUGAAAAAUGUGUUCUUACAACUUAUCGAACCGCUCCAGAUUCUAAAAAGAUUGAAUUUGAAACUGAUAACGAAGCCCGUAUUGCAGAAACAAAUCCAAGUGAUUUAUUUGACAGUGCAACCAAACUAAUUUAUCUGGACGUGGAUGAGCCACCACUGAAUAUCAAAACGAAAGUUCCUAAUGCCAAUCGUUACGUAGUAAUUGUUAAAUUCUAUCAACCAAAUCACCCAACUUUUAACAUUCAGUAUCGUAUCGAGGCUGAUAGACAGAAUUAUGAUGGUAAGUUGCAUUUGAGGCAUUGCCCCGCCAAUUCUGGAUGCCGUGAAAUUCUACGGCAAGACAGUGGUUUUAUUUGGUUCGAUUUAGAAGACACAUUUGAUUUUACUUUGUUGAGUGGAGCUACCAAAGGAGUUUGGUUGGAUUACAUUUUAUUGGUACCAGCUGACCAAUUCUAUGACGAUUUACUGCAGGAGGAGACUUUUGAUCAAACUAAAGAGUUCAUUAAGAAGUGUGGUCAGGAUCAUUUCCACAUUCAAUUGAAUGCUAGCGAGUUUUGCAAACAAGCUGUCUUCUCGCUAACGGCAGAUUAUAAUAGUGGAGCUUUACCGUGUAACUGCGACUACUACGGAUCGACAAGUUUUGAGUGUGAGCAAUUUGGAGGCCAGUGUCAAUGUAAACCAUAUAUUAUUGGACGACAAUGCGAAGCUUGUAAAACAGGAUAUUAUGGAUUCCCGGAUUGUAAGCCAUGCGAUUGUCCAUCAACGGCUCUUUGCCAAAAAGAUACAGGCGAGUGUAUUUGUCCAGACCGGGUAACUGGAGAGAAGUGCGACCAGUGUAAGCCCUACACUUACGGUUAUGAUCAGAUUAUCGGCUGCGAAGAAUGUAAUUGUAAUCCGUUGGGUGUAGCAAACAAUAACCUUCAGUGUGAUCUAGAAAGCGGUGUAUGCGAAUGCAAGUCCAAUGUGGUAGAUAGAGCUUGUGAUCGUUGUCAGUAUGGCUUUUUCAACUUUCCAUAUUGCGAGCCCUGUAAAUGUGAUAUUCGAGGAACUACUUUCGAGAUUUGUGAUCAAACCGAUGAAACGUGUUUCUGUAAGAAAAAUGUACAAGGUCGUGAAUGUAGCCAAUGCGUCGAUGGAACGUAUAAUUUGCAAGCAUCGAAUUCAGAAGGAUGCACAAAAUGCUUUUGUUUUGGACAGACAACACUUUGCGAAACUGCUUUCCUUCGACCAUUCAAUGUCAGUAUGAUGAAAGAUGUUUCAUUGAACACAAUUAAGUUGUCGGGUGGAAAACCCAUAAUUUCACCUUGGCUGGUUGAUGGUGAUAUUAUGAUUAACGAAACAUCAGCAGAAGUAGCACUGAGUGAUGUGGAUAAUGAAGAGUUACUCUCCGGAUUAGCGUAUUUCGGAAUGCUGGAUUACCUCCUGGAUUUGAAUAGUCACAUAACUGCAUACGGUGGUUAUUUAACGUACAAAAUAUACUACACUAAUGGCCUUUUUGGUAGUUCGCUUAUAGGACCUGAUGUUAUUUUAGAGGGAAAGAAUAUGGUAAUCACGCAUCAGAGUAUUGAACAACCAGCUUCAAACACAUUGUUCAGUGGACGAGUUCAAAUGGUGGAAUCUAGUUUCCAGACUGCAGCCGGUGGUCCCAUUUCACGUGAACAAUUCAUGAUGAUUCUACGUGACUUGAAGGCGAUCUACAUUCGAGCGUCCUAUUGGGAGAAUGGCUUGUCAACAAUUGUGUCGGAUGUGAGUUUAACAAUGGCUCAUGAUGAUCCCGGUCACUACGACAUGUAUGAAGAGCUAGCAGUUGAACGAUGUACUUGUCCGCCAGGAUAUACAGGAUUAUCGUGUGAAGAUUGUGCACCUGGAUAUUAUCGUGAUCCUAAUGGUCCAUAUGGAGGGUAUUGCAUUCCGUGUCAAUGUAACGGGCACGCGGAAACUUGUGAUUGUAAUACUGGAAUCUGUAAAGAUUGUCAACAUUAUACAACAGGAGAUCAUUGUGAUCAGUGCAUUGAGGGUUAUUAUGGUAACGCAACACGAGGAUCUCCUAACGAUUGUAUGAUAUGCGCUUGUCCACUGCCGAUUGAAUCGAAUAACUUUGCCACUUCAUGUGAUGUUUCUGAGGAUGGAUAUGAAAUCCAUUGCGAGUGCAAGCCAGGUUACACGGGAGAAAAAUGUCAGAGUUGUGCAUCAGGAUUUUUCGGUGAACCGGAUAUUGAGGGUGAGACUUGUCGACCAUGUGAUUGUUCUGGUAACAUCAACCCAGACGAACCAGGUUCCUGUGAUUCCGUAUCGGGUGAAUGUUUACUUUGUUUAAACAAUACGUACGGAAGGGCUUGUAAUCUUUGCGCACCUGGCUUCUAUGGAGACGCAGUUCAAUUGAAAGAUUGUCAAAGCUGUAUUUGCGAUACCUUGGGCACAGAACAUUGCGAUAAUUUUGUUGGUACAUGUAACUGCCAUACAAAUGUGAUUGGUGAAAAAUGUGAUCGAUGUGAAGACGAUCAUUAUGGGUUCGAAUCAGGUCAUGGUUGUAAUCCGUGUGACUGCGGAAUUGCCUCUAACAGCACGCAGUGCGAUGAUCAUACUGGUAAAUGUGCUUGUAAGCCCGGCGUUACUGGACGACAGUGUGACCGUUGCGAACCUGGUUAUUGGAAUUAUACUGAAGAAGGUUGCGUUCCAUGUUCAUGUAACACGGACUAUUCAAGAGGACUGGGAUGCAACGCUCAAACCGGGCAAUGUGAGUGUCUGUCGGGGGUUGUAGGAGAGAAAUGUGAUUCAUGUCCCUACAGGUGGGUUUUGAUCCCAGACACAGGUUGUCAGAUUUGUGAUGGGUGCCAUCAUGCCUUGUUGGAUGUGACGGACGCACUUAAGGAAUUGAUAGACCCAGUGUUGCAUGACAUUGAAACUGUAGCCGAUGAUUAUUACACCUCUCAGAAAUUAAAUUACUUCAAUGAUUUAGUAGAUAAAAUCGAGCCCGCCGUUCGUAAAUUGGACCCUCAUGGUGUAAAUUUGAAUCCUUCGCGACAACAAGUAGAGUCUCUGGAAAUGGAUGUGAAAAACCUGGAUCGCCGUAUUCAGUAUGCUGAUCAAAAUACUAACGAUCUUUCGUUAAAAAGUGAACAAUUGCUUAAAGCUUCUUCCGGAAUUAAAGACUCGUGUAGGUUCGCGAACAUCAACACCAAAAAUGCUAUUAAUGAGGUAGAAAAGUUGGCAGAAAAUCUAGGUAAAUCAGAAACUAACAAGCUUGAUCAAGCAUACGCCGAGGCAGUAAAUUAUCUUGAUUUGAUCAAACAGUACUCGGCUACUCCAGGAAGUUUAAAUGUACAAUUGGAAAAUGCAACUGAACUGUUGGCGAAAGUUGGCGACUUUGCACGUCCGGUGCAGGAUCAUUAUGAAAGGCUCAACAAAUUACUCUACAAUAUUGGUGAAUUCGAUGUAAAGCUGGAGGACUUAUACAACUGGAGCUUAAAAAUAGAAGAAGAAAGUCGCAUUACGGCUAAAUUGAAUAACAAGAACAAGGGCACAUUGGAUUCGAAGUUUGAUACUGUAUCUGCUCAUUCGAAGGAAGCUCUGGAUAACAUAGAGAAUGCCAAAAAGUUGAUUGACAAUUCCUCCAAACUUAGUUUGGAUAUUUUCACGACACACAAUGAGCUGGAUAUCGCGAAUUCUGAACUAAAGCAAUUGAAUACCAAAGUUGAUAAAGAUUUACCUGAACAAGAGAAGAGAUAUCAAGAUUUAUCAACUAAUAUUCAGGAAUCGAUUGAAUAUGCCGCAAAUCUUAAAGAGGAAUCUCAAAGGCUGACUGCCAAUUAUUCCAAUGUUACCGCAAAUUCAGAAACGGCACUGAAAGCUGCGACCGCCUAUUCAAAAAUUGCUUCUGCGGUUAAUGCGGCCAACGAGAAUAUUGAACAUACACAACUGUUGGCAAACAACGCUACAGAUUUAACUUCCGGAAUUGAGCACCGUGCAGGAGAAUCCGAUGGAAAUUCUAGAGAAUUGUUAAGUGAUGCCAUACGAUCGUUACAUUCAUUGCAGACUGAUCUUGAACCACACAUUAACAAGUCCGUGUCUACUGUUGAUCAUAUAGAAAAUAGUAAUCAGGCGAGCGAUGACAUAUUAUACUCUAUAAACCAAUCACUGGACGGAAUACCUGAUGAAUCGUUCACUAACACCUGGGAAAAUGCUCGCGAUCAAGCAAUAGAUGCCUUGAACGACUCUCAGAAUGCUCUGAAAAUCUUGGAUCCUAUCAUAACCGACCUUCCGAAAAGUGUCUACGCAGCGGAUCAGUUGCCGAAAGAUAUCGAUAGAACUAACAAGGAUAUCCAACUCGCUGUCAGUCAAAUUGAACAAUAUAAACGAAUGAUUCCUAAAGUUGAAAUACUUGUUAAUGAAGUAGAAGAGAAGCAAAAUAAGAUCGAUUCAAUAGUAAGUGAUGUUGGAGAUCGGUUGGAAUCGUUGAAAAAACAAAUCGCCAGUGCUAGAGCUUUAGCCAACAGUAUUAAAUUUGGAAUGACGUUCCAUCCUAACACUACUCUCGAGAUCAAACCACCGGAAGUGCUUUCACAAAUGGCUACGAACUCUACAGUAUCGGCCUACUUUAAAACUAACAAACCAGAAGGUUUCCUGUUCUAUGUAGGUAAUGAGGUAAAACCAGAUGCGAAGAAAACUUCUCGUGACGAUUAUAUGGCGUUGGAGAUUGAAAACGGUUAUCCGGUCUUAUCGAUUGAUUUAGGUAAUGACCCCGAAAAAGUAAUAAGUCCAAAGUACGUGGCGGAUGACAAAUGGUACCAAGCUAUCAUCGAUAGGAGUGGUAAUAACGUUAAGCUCACAAUUAGAGAAGAGUUGGAAAAUGGUACGGAAAUGAUUCACCCGAAAGAGCAAAUUUUACCAGGUGCUUACAAUGUGUUUAAUGUUGACCAGAACAGUAAACUUUUCGUGGGAGGUUAUCCACCUGAAUAUAAUAUGCCGGUUGAUGUGAAGUCAGGUGAGUUCGAUGGUCAAAUUCAGAAUUUGCAAAUAGGUGGCGAACAUGUUGGUUUGUGGAAUUUCGUUGAUGCUCAAAAUGUACAAGGUGGCGUCGAACGCGAUAAAUUGUUAGAUGAAGACAAACCUACGACAGGUUUUAGAUUUGGCGGUAAUGGAUAUGUGAUGAUAGAUGCCAAGUCGCAUGCAUUUAGACAUCAUUCGCAUAUUCAGUUCCGUUUCAAGGCCUCACAAGACACACAAGAUGGACUACUAUUCUAUGCAGGAAGAAACCGUCACUUCAUAUCUGUUGAGAUGAAACAAGGUGCAAUUGUAUUCCAGUUUAAGUUAGGUCAACACGCUGAAGCAGUUACAAUUGGAUCGAGUGGAUCAUUCAAUGAUGACAACUGGCACGUAGUUUCUGCGGAACGGGAUGGUGCAACUGGCAAGCUCACUGUUGAUGGUAAUGUUGUAUAUCAGGAAACAUCUCUUGUUAACCUCCCAGGAAAUGUUGAACCAUUGAAGAUCUCAGAAUCAAUGUUUUUUGGAGGAUAUCCGGGCAAGAUUAAUCAUUCCGAAGUAACAACCAAAGGUUUUGAUGGCUGCAUCGAUGAUGUUUAUAUUCUGGGUACGAAAGUAGAUUUGAGUAUUAACCAAAAGGCGCUGGAUGUGCGCCCCGGAUGUCCAAUGAAAUUUUCAUCUCUUUUAUCGUUCCCACCACACCAGUUUGGGUAUGUUAGCCAGCCAGGAGUAGUCUCUUCGAAUGGUCUACAAGUCAACAUUAAAUUCAAAACUGUUCAAGGUCAUGGUGUUUUAUUCUAUACUUCGAACAACGAUCAGAGCGGUACAUUUGGGUUGACAAUAGAAGCAGGAGUUUUAGUUUUGAGAAGUUCAAAAGAAGAACUUAACACUGGUAGUAAUCGGUACAAUGAUGGUGAAUGGCACGCUGUUACUGCUACUCAUGAUAAUGAUCGUCUCUCGUUGGUUGUUGAUGAUAGUGAUCCAUUUGUGUCCGAUGAAGUUCCUCCACCUUUAUAUAUCGGUGAUGGAGAAAUUUAUUUCGGUGGCUUACCCAAAAAUUUCGUUACGCCAAAAGGAGCGAUCGUUACCCCAGCAUAUUUUUGGGGAUGUCUCCGUGACGUUACUGUCAAUGGUCAAAUUGUUAACUUCGCCAAUUUGAAAGACAAAAAGUCUGCUGUUUUAGACCAUUGCUCUAAGGAUAUUUUUGCAAUUAGUGCAAGCGAUGUGCCACUGUAUUAUCCAGAUGGAGCAAGUGAACCAGUUCUGUUCUCUGGAUCACGUUUCGACGUCAAAUCCGAUGUUGACAAAAAUAAUGAAAUUGAUGGUGAUAGUGACGAGGAAUCCAAACCAUGGUCUAAAGCGAAUGAAACAGAUGUUGAAAUAGCUACUGACUCAAAAGUUGAUCAUACAACAACACAAACAACUACCACUACAUCUACAACUACAACUCGUCCAAGGCCUCCACCAGAAAAACCGGAACCUACAUGUAAACUUCCUGUUGUUCCAGAUCAAGAUGUAGAUUUUGAUGCAGGUUACCGAUUCGGAACUGGACCUUUCAGUCAUAUUGAAUUCAAUGAAAUACCACAAAAGGCCAAGAAGCAAUACGAGUUCUCACUCAGUUUCAAAACAGAGUUUUCGGAAGGAGUUCUCUUCUAUGCUUCCGAUUCUCGUCACACUGAUUUUAUUGCCCUAUAUUUACGAGGUGGUAAAGUCUUCCAUUCUUUCAAUUGUGGUUCUGGAUCUGCUAAUAUGAGUUCAGAACGACAGUACGACGAUAACGAAUGGCACACUGUACAAUUUUCUAGAUAUCACAAUAAGGGUAAAUUAGUUGUUGAUAGUGAGGAUGAGGUUCAUGGUGAGUCAGCUGGAAACACUAGAACUAUGCAAAUGCAGGCUCCAUUCUUCGUUGGUGGUGUAUCUGGAGGAGAGCACUACGAAGAUGUCGCACUUAAUCUCAAAAUUGAUAAAAAUAUUCUGGAACGAGAUCAGUUUGUAGGAUGCAUAAAUGAUAUUCAAGUAUUCAAUCGACCUCUCGGAGCACCCUCCAAUAUAACGCAAACCAUUCCGUGCUCGUCGCAGGUUGAAAGCGGAGUAUUCUUUGGAAAAGGAGGAGGUAUUGUUAAGCUUCGUGAGAAAUUUAAGGUUGGCACAGAAUUGACUGUUAGCAUGGAUAUUAAACCACGAUCGCCAACUGGUCUACUAAUGUCGGUUCAUGGCAAACGAGCUUUCUUUGUGCUGGAAUUAAUAAAUGGAAAUAUUAGUUUGACGGUGAGCAAUGGUGACGAGCCAUUUACUGCUAUGUACGUGCCAGAUCCUACUGAAAAUUUAUGCGACGGCCAGUGGCGUACGAUUACCGCAAUCAAAUCUUUCUACGUGAUUACUAUCAAAGUCAAUGACGUUAGUUCCAAUCCGGCCAUUGGUGAUGCCCGCUCAGGAUCAACAGAUACUACGAGACCAUUGUUCCUUGGAGGACAUCCUCAUAUGCAAAGGAUACGAGGACUAACCGCUCGCGAGCCUUUCCAAGGUUGCAUUCGAAAUGUGGCGAUUCGCAAUCAACCGGAACAAAUAACACCCAAGAUGACUAUCGGAAAUGUGCAGACCGGGUUCUGUCCAACGAUUUGAAGACGGUUUGGAAUAUAAACUAAACGUUUUUUGACAGUAAAUGUAGUAGGAAUAAGGUUUGAGUUGCGUAAGGAAAUAUUUGACGACGAAAGAAGGCUACGUUACAUGGAAAUUCUUAGAUUUAAUCUUUAUCGUUUAGAAUGGACGACUAAGCCCGACUAUUUACAAGGAGAGAUUUUGAGAAAAUAUUUUAAGCAGUUGGCUGAUUUAAUGCUAUUUGGGUUAUUUAAUGCUUUAUUGCACGCUCCUGAUUUCCGAAAAUUUGUUUUUUAUAACAUAUUAAAGACAGAUUCAUACAAAUACGGAUAUCUAUGUACUUUGUAUUGUGUUUAAAAGCUCUCAGCUCGAAACAUAUCCCCAGGAAAUCCCAUAUUCGGAACCUAGAAAACCAAUUAUUCCUGACAAUGAUUCAAAUGUAGAGAAGUCGCUGAAUCUUAUAAAUGUCAAAUUAUCGACGACGGGUAAUAUAUGGAAAGCUAAGUGUUAUAGUUUUUUAGUCGAGCUUAGCUGUCUUUUUUCUAUGUUGGUGUAUUUUACUCUAUUUUAAUUUUCCGUUAUUCUUUUGAAACAUCAUGAAGGUAUUAAAGUGGAUAAAAUCAACAGAAACAAAAUUGAAGAAAAGGUCAUACAGUCAUCUAUUUUGAUAUAUCACAUUGAUUUGAAAGCAAAGAAAAUUAUUAUAAAGUAAAAUAACAGUAUUGUAUAAGAAAAAUAGCGCAGGCGAUAGUCUACACUAGGGGUUUCCGAAUCUUUGGCCCUGCGGAGCAUUUUUUCAAGUUAAAAUUUCCCGGGUAAAAAUGUGACAGAAAAAAAAACAAAUUUUUGAGUUUGGGUUUUGUGGUUAUCAAAAACAUCGUCGAGCACUUACAACAGCUUUGCAGAGCAUCAAGUACUCCGCUCCGGGAACCCCUGGUCAACAAGAUUAUUGUGAAAAUAUUAUUAUCUGUAAACAUGCUGAAAUGUGAAAAAAGCAAUCAAGUAAAUUUUGAUACAGUACUAUAUAAAACUAAUAUACCUAUUUUUUGGAACCAUUGCAGAGCUAAGCUAAAAAUUAAAUUCGCAUGAGUAACUCGUUUCAAUAUGUCAAUUUUAGUAUUGUUCGCAGACUCCAAUAUUAAGUUAAAUUGAAUAAAGAUUUUCAUAAUAAAAUUAUCAGAUAAUAAAGCAGGAGGUAAAAAUGAAAACUUUCAAAUAAAUAGAGCUAUCCUUUGUUAUGCCACCGAAUUUAUAAAAUUAGAAUGUUGAUUUUAAGUAGGAAUUUGGAACCUUUUUAUUCUAUGCAAAAUUAUUAAUCGAAUUAAGUUGAAUUGUGAUUUGCUAUUGUGACAUCAAAAUAUUGGAAGAGUGAAAGUGUAUUAUUUCCAAACUUAUUCAAUAUUAGAAUACAUCAAGCUAUUUUGUACUCAUUCUAAAUAAAUAAAUCAUCAAUCUUUUCAGCAA